CAGGGGCGCUGUAUAAAUGUCUGACCCUGCGCUCUGACCCCCAGCUUCUCUCCCUGUGUGUGUGUCUCCUGGAGAGCGAGCUGGGGUCUGAGAGAAGACACAUUCCUCAUGCAAGACACUGUACAGUAUAUGGCCAAUAAAGGGAUCUCCCAUCCCUUCUCUCUCUUAAUGUUGUCUCUGUCUCCGCAGGAGGAGGCUGCUCUCUACCGCCACCUGGCGGCCAUGCUGCGCCACUGCCUGCUGGUGAACUGCGAGGGGGAGGAGCAGAGGGAGGAGCUGCAAGGCCACACGGUGAACGUGCUGUCUCUGCUGCCCCUGUCCUGCCUGGACGUGCUGCUGGCGGUCAGGGUGGGCCCGGGCUCGGCCGAGUACAUGGGCAUCAACAUGGACUGCGUGGAGGCGCUGCUGGGCUUCAUGGAGAGGCGGCUGGACCGGGGCGAGAAGCUGAGGGAGAAGCUGACCCCCGUGCUGAACCUGCUGACCGAGAGCUCCCGGGCGCACAGAGAGACGCGCCGCUACCUGCGCAGCCAGGUCCUCCCCCCUCUCAGAGACGUCCUCAGUCGUCCAGAAGUGGGCUCGACGCUCCGGAACAAGCUGGUCCGCCUGAUGACGCAUGUGGACACCGACGUCAAGCACUGUGCUGCAGAGCUGCUGUUUGUGCUUUGCAAAGAGAACGUGUCGCGCUUCGUCAAGUACACCGGCUACGGCAACGCCGCGGGCCUCCUGGCGGCGCGGGGGCUGCUCGCCGGCAGCCGGGGCGGCGGCGGGGAGAGGCAGUACUCCGAGGACUCGGACUCGGACACAGAGGAGUACCGGGAGGCACGCUCCCGGAUCAACCCCGUGACCGGCAGGGUGGAGGAGCAGCAGCCUGAUCCUCUGGAGGGGCUGAGCGAGGAGGAGAAGGAGGAGGAGGCCAGGAGACUGGUCAGCAUGCUGAACCGACUGGCCAGGGAUCAGAUAAUCGAGCCGGUGGGGGUGAUGGAGGAUGGGAGGCUGGCGCCCCUUGGUGGCCGCAGAAGGAACUGCACCCCAGACACCCUGAGGGAGGAGCCAGAGGAGGGGGACGGCGAAUCGGAGAGAGACUCUGACUGAGGGGGGGAGGAGCCGAGAGAGAGGGGUGGAGACCAGGAGGAGAGAGAGGAGAGAGAGAGGAAGUGUGUCCCAAACCAGGGGGGUGAGACCAAGCUGGGGCAGAGUGGGCUUUGAGGAUUUGAGGGAGAGGGAGAGAGAGACGACAGAAAAGGGACGAAUCACAGGGUGAUGGAGGAGGAGAGUCAUAGUCAGGAGAGAGAGAUGAGCUGAAGGAGACAGAGGGAGGAGAGGAGCAUCAGG